GUCCGCGGCACCUAUAGGCAUCAGCGGUAAGGCGCAGGAGACGCACAAAGGUAUAAUCUUCUUCGCAUAUUCGCACGUCCAAAAGCUGAUGAAUUCAGGUGGAUUCCCUACUGGGUUGGACGUGGACAACCUGCGUCUCCCUCCUUCCACUCGUAGCAAGCCCACCAGUCUCAAAGACAGUCCUAAGAAGGAAACAAUCGUUCGUCUACUGAAGCAGGAGGAAGACGAGCAGCAACUUAAUUUAUGUGUCAGAGAUAGGGUCCAGUUUACGGGGAACAUCAGUGGUGACUUGGUAUAUACAUUCAAUCCAUUUCUUAUACCUGUCUUAUCUUUGAUCAAGCUUAUGUACGCCCGCUGGUUCACGGAACAGCUAUGCAACGAUGGAUUUGAGGAAUAUCACAAGAACGGAAAAGAAAAACUGGAUGCUAUGAAGCAACGAGCUCUGACGAGGCCUAAAACGCGGAGCAUGGCUCGAGUCAUGGAUGCCCCCUCAAUCAGUGAACAUACAAAUCUGGAGGAGAUAUAA